CAGAGUCUCAAGGUAGAGCACUACGGUACCAAUCCAUCCCAUUUCUGGUUCACUGUCCAACUCAAUCAUGGACCACAACGCAACCAAUUCAACUGAAGGACCUUGUGGCUUGACUGAAAUGCCAGCUCGUCCGUUCUUUUUAUGUUUAUACACAGUGAUUUUUCUGGCCAGCCUGGUGCUCAAUGGCAUUACAGUAUAUGUGUACUUUUGUAAAGCUACAAAUCAGACCAGCAUCACAAUCUAUCUGAAGAAUCUGGCUAUAGCCGACAUGUUUGUGUGCCUGUGUUUGAUAUUACGCAUCGCUAAAUAUGCUAGCACUUCAGUGGAAAUUCAGCGUAUCUACUGUAACUUUGGCGCUCCAGCUUCGUAUCUCAACAUGUACUCCAGUAUUCUCUUCAUGGGCUACAUCGCUGCAAACAGGUACACGAAGAUCGUGCGGCCACUGGAGACUCACACGCUGCAAACAGUCCGUUCGACCCGCUACAUCUGCAUCGUGACCUGGGCCAUCCUGCUGGGUCCUGUUUUUGCCUACAUUGCUGUUUUUGUCAGCACUGAUCAACAAACUUCUGCCCACAGUGGUUUUGACUGUGACAGCUUUCACAACAGCUUACUCAGACAGAUCUACUUGGCCUUGCAGAUCACUUCCUUUUCAGUGUUUUUGUUUGUGCUGGUAUCCCUGACUCUGUUUUACUGGUUGAACGUACAAAAGCUUCGUCAAGCUCAGCGCACGAUGCCGGAUCAGCCUGGUAACGCUAAGCUCAGCAAGUCAAAGCGUAACAUGCGAGUUCUGGUCGUGGUUUUCUGCGUGUGUUUUGUGCCGUAUCAUCUGGUGAGACUGCCGUACGUGUUUAUCAAACCACUGCUGCACGAUUGCACGGCAGCUCAGGUUUUCUACGCCCUGAAGGAGCUGACCGUCCUGCUCACAGUACUAAAUGCCUGCUUGGAUCCACUUAUUUACUUUGUCUUUUGCAAAACCUUCAGAGCACAGCUUAACCUUCAAAGAUUUUGCAAGUCAGAAUGAGAUAAAGGUCUCUUGGUGAAAAUUAUUAGUAACCUGAGUUAAAGGGGUAGUUUGGCAAACAUGAAAAUUCUGUCAUUUACUCAACCUCAUGUUAUUCUGCUGAACGCGAAGAUAUUUUGAAGAACGUGGACAACCAAACAGUUGAUGGUAGCCACUGCUUUCCAUAUAUGAAAGGAAAAAAACAAAUACUAUGAAAGUCAGUGGGGGCCACUAACUAUCUGGUUAACCACAUUCUUUAAAAAUAUCUUCUGCUAUGUUCAGCAAAACAAGGAAACUCAUACAGGUUUGCAACAAGUUGAGGUUGAGUAAAUAACAGAAUUUUAUCCCUUUAAAAAUGUAAUGUAUGAUUUUCUCACCACUAGGCAAACAGAAUAACUGUAUUCAGAAAGAUUUCCUAAACACUUUGUGAUCAUGUUCUUCAGCCUCAUUUGAGAGUGAUCGAAAGAGCAUCUUGUGUCAUCCUGUCAUACAAAGGCGUUCACAUGAUCAGUUCACUUAGUGACAUAAAAAUUAGGGCUGUCAGUCGAUUAAACAUUUGAAUCUAAUUAAUUACAUAAUGUGUCCAUUAAUUAAUCUAAUUUAAAAAUUUGCCUGAAAAUAUUUAAUGCUAUUUUUAUGAUAAAUGAGAAAGUAUUUUGUAGACAUUUCAAAUUGUAGUUUUAGAAAGAAAUGUUUUAUUUAAUUCAACCUAAAAUUUAUUACACAUAAACAUUUAGGCUGCAAAGGCCUAACAUAAACUAUGGAACAUAGAAGAAGAUAAUUUGAGAAACAUUUCAGUAUUUUUUGUUCAUACAAUGAAAGUCACUAGUAACUAAAACAGCUUUGUUACCAACAGUCUUCAAAAUACAGAACCUUCUUUUAUGUUCCACAAAAGAAGGGAUUGAAACGACUGACAGAAUUUAAUCUUUUUGGGUGAACCGUCCCUUUAACGCUUUUUACUGCCAGCAGGUGGUGGUAAACAUUUUCAUGAGUCAUUUACUCAUUCGAAUAGAUUCAUUCAAACGGCCGAUUCAUUCAGGAAUUGAGUAAAUGGCUCUCUGUAUGAAUGGCCUUUUGAAUCAUUUAUUCACACAUUUCAAAUCAGCACUUGUGUCAUCUUGCACUUGCUGCCUGUGUGAUAUAUAUAAAUAUGAGACAAAACACAUACAGGGGCUUUUUUUUCCCACCAAUAUCUUGAAUUUUAGGGCAUAACUGCAAUUGUGGAGUUGUUGCCCUGCAUCAUAUUUGUCAACAUUCAGCUAUAUGAAAUAUAAGAUGACGUACAGGUCUGGGGGCGGGGCCAGCACGUUAUAUGCAUUAAAAUAUCAAGUCUUCCGUUAUUUUUCAUAACUAAUUAAUUAAGUUAAUGCAUUAAACUGACAGCCCUAAUGAAAAUAUUUCUUUAUUUUAAGACUUUUCUUUAUUUUGUCUGACAAAAGUGAUAACACAAAAAUUGAGUUACAAUGCUUCUUUAUUAGAGUCUCACUCUCACCAUGGGAUGAGAGAGGAAACCAGCUUAAACUGUGCUUGACAAACACAACAUCCAUAUAUAAAUCUGCUUUGAACUCCCACUGAAUCCUCAUAUGAAUGACCACAGGGAAUAUCUGACAGAGCUAAUAAUGAUAAACCAGGAGAGUCCUUCAGACAUCUGAUAAAUGUUGGUAAAUGUUAUCAAGUGUUUAUAUUCUACAUGUAUGUGUGUUCUGUUCUUUUUAUACUGUAAUGUAUUUCAGUGAAUUUGAAUGUAUUUGUAAAACUGACUUGCAAAGUAUUUAAGUUUAAAAUUGCUUAUAAGUUAACAGUAAAAAACUAGCUAAUUUACUUAAAUGUAUGGCACUUUAAGUUACAAUCAAGUAUGCUAUGGUACAUCUUGUACAACACUUUUGAUCAAUUUAAUACAUCCUUGCUGAAAACAAGUAUUAAAUUUCAUAAAUAUAAUGUUAAUUUCAUAUAUAAUAUCAAAUAUUGUGAAUUGUCUCAUAUUUUGUUGGACCUCUCAAACAUGAGUCUCAGGUAAAUGUUAAUGUAUUCUUCUGUAGACGUGUAUAUGGAUGUGUGCACAAUAAAGCUCUUUUUAAUUUAGAAACAGCUGAGACAAAGUU